UAACAAAGAAGGGCAUCUUAAGAAAAUGUGUCCAAAUAUGAGGAAAAAUGUGUCAUUUCAUGCGAUGUUAGAAGAACAGGCAGCGGACGAGGAUUUGGAAAGUGACAGUAACGGCAGUGAAGAGUUCCAGAUAUUGUGAAGUGUUUGAAGGCGGCCUGGGAAGGUUUACCGGCGGGAAGGUGGGGUUCCGGCUGCGCGAGGGCGCGACGCCCGUGUUCCUGCGCGCGCGCCCGCUGGCGUACGCGCUGCGCGAGCCGGUGGAGCGCGCGCUCGACCAGCUGGUGGCUGACGGCGUGAUCACUCCGGUAAACUCGUCCGACUGGGCUACGCCUAUAGUGCCGGUGAUGAAAAAAGACGGAACGAUUCGGGUAUGUGCUGACUUUAAGUUAACUCUCAAUAGAUGUUUGGAGGUGGACCGUUUCCCGCUGCCAAGGGUUGAUGACUUACUAGCUAAAUUACAUGGAGGGAAUCGAUUCACCAAAUUAGACUUAUCUCAAGCGUACGCGCAAUUUGAACUAGACGAAUCCAAACGGUUUACGGUCAUAAACACUCAUAAAGGUUUGUUCAUGUAUAAUCGACUUAUAUAUGGGUUAGCGUCGAGCCCCGGUAUUUUUCAGAGAAAAUUAGAGCAGCUUUUCGGAGAUUUACCGCGCGUAGGUAUUUUUUUGGACGAUCUGAUUAUAACCGGGGAAGAUGAUGAAACACAUUUAAAGACGUUACAUGAGGUGUUUAGGAGGCUCCAAACUUACGGUCUAAAGGUUAGGAAAGAUAAGUGUACCUUCUUUUCCGAGGCAGUGACGUACUUAGGUUUUGUUAUCAGUAGGCAAGGUGUACACACAUGCCCCGAGAAAAUAGAAGCAAUUAAAAAGGUCCCCGAACCAAGUAAUCUUACCGAGUUGCGUUCGUUUAUCGGCUUAGUAAUGUAUUAUGCAAAAUUUGUUCGAAACAUUAGUACCAUACUUACACCGUUUUACAAGUUACUAAAGAAAGGGGUUACUUUUCAUUGGAAUCAAGAGUGUAGUGAAGCGUUUAGAAAAAUAAAAAAGGUAUUAAUGUCUAGUGAAGUUCUGGCUCAUUAUUCCCUAGAUCUGCCGGUUGUUCUCACAUGUGACGCGAGUAGUUUAGGACUGGGGGCAGUGGUGUCUCAUAUUACGCCGGACGGCGAGCGGCCGGUGGCGUACGCGUCGCGGACACUCAAUGCAGCAGAGAAAAACUAUUCACAAAUAGAACGGGAAGCGUUAAGUAUAAUAUUUGGGGUGAGAAAAUUCCACCAAUAUUUAUAUGGCAGGGAAUUCACUUUACGGACCGACCACAAACCCCUGGUAUCUAUUUUUGGCGAAAAGAAAGGAAUACCGGUAAUGGCAGCUAGUAGACUUCAACGCUGGGCGGUAUUGCUGACCGGAUAUAAUUUUAAUAUCGAAUAUGUGCGAAGUGAGGAUAACGCGGCAGAUGCUCUGUCCCGUUUACCUGUAAAGAAAUCGGUCAGGUUACCGAAAGAAGUUACGUAUUUGAAUUUCAUUCAAAAUUUUUUACCUAUAGAUAAACAUAUGGUUCAGGUUAACACAGAAAAAGAUCAUAUAUUAAGACGAGUAGUAACUUACUUACAGACCGGCUGGCCAUCAUCGGUAAAGGACAGUGAGAUCCAACCUUACUUUUUGCGACGGGAGGAAUUGUAUAUGGAAAGAGGCUGUAUGGUUUGGGGCUACAGGUUAGUAAUUCCCGAAGUAUUACGGGAGAAGUUGUUACAGGAGCUACAUGUGGGCCACAUGGGGAUUGUAAAAAUGAAAAGUAUGGCGCGUAGUGUCAUGUGGUGGCCGGGCAUCGACGCGGAUGUGGAGCGCACCUGCAAGAGCUGCGGCACGUGCGCAGCGGAGAGCGCGGCGCCACCGCGUGCGCCCCCACAGCCGUGGCGCUACUUGACAGAUGUCUGGACUAGGUUACAUGUAGAUUUUUUAGGGCCCCUACAGGGUAGGACCUUUUUGAUUAUUAUCGAUUCUACUUCAAAAUGGUUAGAGGUUUUCCAAAUGCAAUCCACCACGGCGAAAGCCGUUAUAAAGGUAUUAAGAGAGACAUUCGCGCGUUUUGGUUUACCUCGAGAAGUGGUGUCCGAUAACGGACCACCCUUUACGAGCCAAGAAUAUAAUAGUUUCAUGUCACAUAAUCGGGUUAAGGUCACCUAUGCAGCAGCGUACCAUCCAGCGUCGAACGGGGCCGCGGAAGGCGCGGUUAAACUGUGCAAACGGGCAAUUAAAAAGGCUAUGCGGGACGGUAGCGACAUAGAUGCCGCAUUGCAGGCUUACCUUCUCGCGUAUCGAAAUGUAGAACAUAGUACCACAGGGGUCUCACCGGCAGAACUAUUGCAGCGUAGGAAACUUCGUUCCAGGCUUGAUUUAUUAAAAGACGGGUCGGUAGAGGACAGAGUCAAGGAACGUCAAACGAAGCAAGUAACUUACGCUGGAGGUACAGCCAGGGAGUUUAACGUGGGGGAAAAUGUGUGGUAUAGGAAUUACAGUGGAGGUAGGAGAUGGUUAAAUGGAAAAGUUCAGGAAAAAACAAGUUCACGCAAUUAUAUAGUUGCGGCGGAAAACGGUUCACCCAUUCAUAGGCAUGUAGAUCAAAUUAAAAGUCGAUGGUUGAGCACAUAUGAGGAUCCGUCUCCAUCAUCACCAACCCAAGAGUCGGACGGUUUGGGGAGCGAGCGCACCGACAAUUCUAAUGUAGGGGUUCAGGAUGUGGAGUCUGGUGGGACAUCAGUGGCAACUCCCUCACCACCACAACCAGACAGGUUGGAACCCAGCGUCCCCCCGGUCAACCUUCCCCGGCCCAUACUGAGACCGAGAGAUAAGUUGCCUCCUGUAAAAAGAUACGGUUUCGAGAUUGACUAAACACUGUAAUACCUUAAAUAUCGAAUUUUAGUUAGUUAACCAUUUACCGAAUGUAAUAAAAUAUUUCUUUGUGUACACUUUAAUAGCUGUCAACUUUAAAGUCAUAUCGCCAGAAAUGGCUUCAAAUGUAUUAAAGAUUAAAAGGUACAUGUACAUGUUAGAAAUAAGGGUGGAGGUGUAAUAUAUGGGUAUAAUUAUGAAAGAGGGUAGCAUCAAUUAUCGGCGACAGAUUUAUGUACCUACCUACGUAUCAUCUUUCUCUUUCAAUAAAUGGUGGUUACCAAGCAGACGUGUCUUGUGCUUUCUCUCCGUUCUAGAAGUUCCUAGCUGGCCGGUGUACCCAUA